UGUAGCUUUGAGCGUGUCCCCUGACUGCGCAAGUGAAUAUGAUGAUACAUGACUUUCGUCUCAUGCACCGACUGGUGUCCUAUAACAUUAAGUAUGGACUGUCGUGUCGUAUCUAUCCUACUCGGAAUUUGACGCAGCUGCCGGUCCGUUGUCAUCGCCUCUGUUCUUCGAGAUCACCGUCAUCGAGCUUAUUAGCACCUUCCAGACCUUUUCACUCAAUACGUACUUUGAGCUCAGCUAAGAAUGUGUCCGAAUCCGACGAUCUGUUCCGUUAUACCUCCGGACGUUGGCUCUGGAACGAGGAGCAGCGACUUCAAGACCGCUUCGUCGCGUUCAACGUGUCCGAGCUUCAGACCGUAGCUGCAAACAGUAUUGGGGCUAAUAAAUGCGUCUCGAUCACAAAGCUGGCAGAGGGCGGCUCCAACAGGGCAUUCUUGCUCAAGAUGGACGAUGGCAGAUCUGUCAUCGCAAAGCUUCCUUAUCCCAUCGCCGGACCCAAGUACUACACCACCGCGUCUGAAGUCGCGACCAUGGACUUUGCUCGCACUGUUCUUGGGAUACAGGCACCGAAAGUCUUUGCUUGGAGCGCGGACAGUCACUGCGCUGUCGGUGCUGAAUACAUUAUCAUGGAGGUAGCACCAGGAACACAGGUGUUGGAGGUGUGGGACGACGAUUUUGACCCGAAACAGAAGCUCUCGAUCACACGUGGUCUUGUGGAGUUGCACAAAAAGAUGUGUUCGAUGUCUCUGAACUGCUAUGGGAGUCUGUAUUAUGCCGCCGAGAAUAUUCCUGGCGCCGUGCCGGUUGAGCUUGCCGGAGACAUACCCGCUGAGGUGAAAGAAGAAGCAGCGAGGCGGUUUGUCGUUGGCCCUGUUGCAGAGAGCAACUAUUGGACUGGAGAACGCGCACACAUGACCCUCGAUCGCGGACCAUGGACCCGGCCACAGGAUUACAUCGCUUCUUUGGCCCAUCGAGAGAAAGCCUGGAUACAGCUAUACGCGGUUCCCAGGGGCGAUAAUGACGAACCGGACACGGCAGGUCAAAACUCCCCGGCCUGUCACAUUGAACUGAUUGACAAGUACCUGCAAGUCGCACCGAUUCUGCUCCCUGAGGACCCUACCAUUGUUGCACCAUAUCUCUUUCACAAUGAUCUUCACAACGGCAACAUCUUUGUCGAAGACGGCAAAAUCACCAGUGUGAUAGACUGGCAGGGGCUCUGGGCCGCACCCCGGUGGCUCCACGGGCGACCCCCGAAGCUCAUUCGAUACCAGGGCGAGAUGAUCUUGCGUCUUCCCGAGAACUUCCAGGAGCUCGAUGCCGAGGAGAAGAAGAAGGUCAGAAGGACGAUCUCCAAAUCUGUGGUCCAGUAUGUCUAUCAGACGGAGGUCGAAAAAGAGAUCCCAGUUCUCUACGAGGUCUUUGUAACAGACUAUGGUCGCCUGCGAUGCAACCCAGUUUUCUUCGUAGUUGACACCUGGAGUAAUGAGAUCGUGUGCUUGAGAGAGAGUUUGCUGCAAAUUGUCAAGUAUUGGGAUGAAAUGGGCUUUGGCUUUCCGUGUCCGAUACAUUUUACGGAGGAGGAACGGCGGACUCAUCUAGAGGCAGCCGAUGGGUGGAACAACGUACAGGAUUUCUGGGAUGCCAUCUCGCCCGUUCUCGAUCGGGAUGGCUGGACUCAUGCUGAUACAUAUGAUGAGGCGGUUGAAUUGUUCAAGUUGAUGCGGAACUGGGGCCUGGAAAAUCUGGAGGGGAAGAUGAGGGAGAUGUUUGAGAAGGCGACAAGGAGGGCGGACGAUCUCUAG